AUGGCAGCCCUUAGGAUGGGAAAGCUGACAACCAUGCCAGGAGGUCUAAUAUAUGCAUCUGUAAGUGUGCAUGCAGCCAAAGAAGAGGAGUCCAAAAAGCAGCUAGUGAAACCAGAGCAGCUCCCCAUAUAUACUGCACCACCUCUCCAGUCUAAAUAUGUUGAAGAGCAGCCUGGUCAUUUACAAAUGGGCUUUGCAUCCAUUCGCACUACAACUGGUCGUUAUAUUGGCUGGUGUAAGGGUGUUUAUGUCUUUGUGAAAAAUGGGAUAAUGGAUACAGUGCAAUUUGGAAAAGAUGCAUAUGUAUAUCUGAAGAAUCCACCUCGAGAUUUUCUUCCAAAAAUUGGAGUGAUUACAGUUUCAGGAUUGGCAGGCUUCAUUUCAGCAAGAAAAGGUUCUCGGUUUAAGAGAAUUGCUUAUCCAUUGGGAUUGGCCACUUUGGGAGCAACUGUUUGCUACCCUGUUCAAUCAGUAAUAAUUGCAAAGGUAGCUGGGAAAAAGGCAUAUGCUACAAGCCAGCAAGUGUACGAAGCUGUUAAAUCACUGUGGACAAAAAACAACAAAAAACUUCCUGAACAUAAAGAAAAAACUAAGCUAGGAAGUACUGAUGAAAUAGAAACACCUGCAGAAACAACUCACAACCUGAAACAUCCAGUGCCUUUGCCAACAGAACUCAGCUCUGAAACAAAGACCAAAUCUACGUCAGGUGCUACACAGUUUAUGCCUGACCCCAAGCUCAUGGAUCACGGGCAGUCCCAUCCAGAAGAUAUAGAUAUGUACAGCACUAGAAGCUGA